AUGCUCCGCCGCCAAAACCGGCUGCUCUCACUCCUACGCAACGGCAGCGCUCUCCCUCUCCUCACCUGCACCAACACCUCCCUCCGCCGCCACUUCUCCGCUACCGCAUCCACCUCACCUUUCGCCGCCGAGGACUACCUCGUCGCCGCCUGCGGUCUCACCCGAGCGCAGGCACUCAAGGCAUCCAAGGAACUCUCGCACCUCAGGUCCCCCUCCAACAGCGACGCGGUGCUCUCCUUCCUCUCGGGCCUCGGCCUCUCCAGCUCCGACGUCGCCGCCAUCGUCUCCGCCGACCCCAAGUUCCUCUGCUCCAAUGUGGACAAGAUCCUUGCCCCCCGCGUCGCCAAGCUCCGCGACCUCGGCCUCUCGCGCCCACAGAUCGCGCGCUUCGUUUCCAUCGGCGCCCCCGUGCUCCGCUCCUGCGACGUCGCCAGCAGGCUCCGGUUCUGGAUCCCGUUGUUCGGCUCCUUCGACAAGUUCAUCCAGUCUGCCUCGAGGGGGGCUCUAGGAGGUGCUGCCAUCCUAAGGCGUGACAUUGACAAAGUAGUCAAGCCCAACAUUGCCCUGCUUCUGCGGUGCGGGCUAAGGAAGUCCUGA